GAGUAGGUGUCUUUCGGGUGAGACGGUGGUGGAGCAUCAAGUGCGCGAGGCUGCCAGGAGGGUGAACUCUACACCGACUCUAGGACCGGAGAGGGGGCGGCUCGGCACCGGGGAAGGGCACGCGGCGAGUAGGAGUCGGGCCGCUGAGCCCCGGCCUAGGCCCCGCGAUGUCCAGCUGCGGCGCUUGUACUUGCGGCGCGGUGGCGGCCCGGCUCUUCACCUCCUCGCUCGCCUCGGCGCAGAGAGGCAUUUCUUGCGGUCGCAUUCAUGUGCCAGUUUUAGGAAGGCUUGGGACCUUUGAGACUCAGAUCCUGCGCAGGGCCCCUCUUAGGACCUUCUCUGAAACACCCACGUACUUUGCCUCGAAAGAUGGGACAAAUAAAGAUGGCUCUGGAGAUGGAAACAAGAAAUCGGUCAGUGAGGGAAGCAGUAAAAAAUCAAGCUCUGGGAAUUCUGGGAAAGGCGGCAACCAGCUGCGCUGUCCUAAAUGUGGAGACUUGUGCACACAUGUGGAGACCUUCGUGUCAUCCACCCGUUUUGUCAAGUGUGAAAAAUGUCAUCAUUUUUUUGUUGUGCUAUCUGAAGCUGACUCAAAGAAAAGCAUAAUCAAAGAGCCGGAAUCAGCAGCAGAAGCUGUUAAAUUGGCAUUCCAACAGAAACCACCUCCUCCUCCCAAGAAGAUUUAUAACUACCUCGACAAGUAUGUUGUUGGUCAGUCUUUUGCAAAGAAGGUGCUUUCAGUUGCUGUGUAUAAUCAUUACAAGAGGAUAUAUAAUAAUAUCCCAGCCAAUCUGAGACAGCAGGCGGAGGUUGAGAAGCAGACAUCCUUAACACCUAGAGAGUUAGAAAUCCGAAGACGGGAGGAUGAAUACAGAUUUACAAAAUUGCUGCAGAUUGCUGGAAUCAGCCCACAUGGUAAUGCUUUGGGAGCAUCAAUGCAGCAACAGGUGAAUCAACAAAUACCUCAGGAAAAACGAGGAGGUGAAGUAUUGGAUUCUUCUCAUGAUGACAUAAAGCUUGAAAAAAGUAACAUUCUGCUGCUUGGACCAACUGGGUCAGGUAAAACCCUGCUGGCACAAACUCUAGCUAAAUGCCUUGAUGUUCCUUUUGCCAUCUGUGACUGUACAACUUUGACUCAGGCUGGAUAUGUAGGUGAAGACAUUGAAUCUGUGAUCGCCAAACUCCUCCAAGAUGCCAAUUAUAAUGUAGAAAAAGCACAACAAGGAAUUGUCUUUCUGGAUGAAGUAGAUAAGAUUGGCAGUGUGCCAGGCAUUCAUCAGUUACGGGAUGUAGGUGGAGAAGGCGUUCAGCAAGGCUUACUAAAACUACUAGAGGGCACAAUAGUCAAUGUUCCAGAAAAGAAUUCCCGAAAGCUGCGUGGAGAAACAGUACAAGUUGAUACAACAAACAUCCUGUUUGUUGCAUCUGGCGCUUUCAAUGGUUUAGACAGAAUUAUCAGCAGGAGGAAAAAUGAAAAGUAUCUUGGAUUUGGAACACCAUCUAACCUAGGAAAAGGCAGAAGAGCUGCAGCUGCUGCAGACCUUGCUAAUCGAAGUGGGGAGUCAAAUACUCACCAAGACAUUGAAGAAAAAGACCGGCUCUUACGACAUGUGGAAGCCAGGGAUCUCAUUGAAUUUGGCAUGAUUCCUGAGUUUGUGGGACGCUUGCCUGUGGUGGUUCCUUUACACAGCCUAGAUGAGAAAACACUUGUACAAAUACUAACCGAGCCACGGAAUGCUGUUAUCCCUCAGUAUCAGGCUCUAUUCAGCAUGGAUAAGUGUGAACUCAAUGUUACUGAGGAUGCUUUGAAAGCCAUAGCCAGAUUGGCACUAGAACGAAAAACAGGUGCACGAGGCCUUCGGUCCAUAAUGGAAAAACUGUUACUAGAACCGAUGUUUGAAGUCCCUAAUUCUGAUAUUGUCUGUGUGGAAGUUGACAAAGAAGUAGUAGAAGGAAAAAAGGAACCAGGAUACAUUCGGGCUCCAACAAAAGAAUCCCCUGAAGAGGAGUACGACUCUGGAGUUGAAGAGGAAGGAUGGCCUCGCCAAGCAGAUGCUGCCAAUAGCUAAACCGUCAGACCCUCCUGUAUAUCCAGCUCUUCCUUCCGUUGUUUAGGGCCGUAACUGUUUCUGCAGUCUGACAUUAAAGGCAUUGGAUCUGUCUUGGAUAUCAUACAUGGUCAGAAGCCUUUAGGAUAAGAAUCAGAUCAUGUAUAUUAUAGUAACAUCACAUUGAUUUAUACAGAGAACAUUACGUGGACUCUAAUAACACAGUGUUUAGAGAUAAAAUGUACAUUAUUUUGGUUCCAUUUUUUAAAAAAUAUGCUUCAACAAAAUUCUUUGGAGUUCUUUGAAGCAAUGCAGGUAUUGCAAUAACUAUGGAUUUUACAAUAAUGAUACUCUACAAAUGGAAAAAUAAAUUCUUUAAAAUUAAAUAUUGGCAUACUAUUCUUUAGUGUUACCUUUUUCUACUCACAUUUACCU